UGGCAAGUUUAAUUGUCAUUUCAAGAUGAAUUGCGGGGUUUUCCUACUUCUGUUGGCGCUCGUAUCUGCCACACCUUUGCAUAACAAUCCGAAGGAUAUUCGCAUAGAUGAUGAAGGUACCAUAACUGUAAGCACUGAGAACGGACGUGUUUUGUUUUCUCAAGCUCAUGAGAACCACGAGCACUUGGUGAUCAUAGCAAAAAUCGCCCAUGAGCCUAGUAGGAAGAUCGAAAUUAAUAACGAGAACCAGGUGGUUAAGAAUGUAACGCACUGGACAGACAACCAAACACACCACGCGAACAAAGACGAGCAUUCGGGGACUACAAAUUCCCAGUUGGCAGUACUGAAAAACAUUUUCCGGCAACAUCAGGGUGUUGUAGAUGAUGCCACUUUCGCGCAGGUAAUGGCGGAAGUAAAACAAGCAGCCGAAAGAGGUCAAGUUCAUAUGGCCGUAUAUAACGUAUUAAAACAAUUAGCUCCACACCACUCAUAUAUAAAUGUCCCCUCAUGGGAGAAGCAGAAAACUUUCCCCUUGGUAUCUAAGGACACGUUUUCGCAUCAUCCUUACGAGCAUCGGCAUUAUUCUCAUUAUGGAUCAGAAAACGACUACACUUACGGAACUCAUCAUUACAGUUACCCUCAAUCUUAUUCCGACAAUCAAUAUCAUCAUGGCCUCGAAACGGCAGUUGAUCCAUAUCCUGCGUUGAAUGCAUUUUUCGGUGGAUAUGGAUUCCUUGGAGAUUCAAACGCGCAAUUCUCUGCGAAGUUUCCGAAGUAUGCAGGACACCAGCAUCACAAAUGGACAGCUGACCAAAUUCACGAACUUGUCAGUCAACUUCACCAUGAAGAGCAAGAAGUCAGCCAUUUCCUUCGUCGAGAACAUCACAUAAACCAACAACUGCAAUAUUUGCUGGCUCUGCAAUCAUCUAGUCACUAUCACAGCAUGUCACACGGACAGCAGGAAGGAAUUCUGCAUGAACAGAAAUCGCUAGUCAGUGAACAGGAAGUGAUGCUGCAGCAGCAUCUUGUACAUCAACAGCAGAUUCAGCGCUUGCACAAAGAGAUAGAAGCUCAAUUAGAUUACUUAAAUCACAAAGAUGUCGAAUCUAAUUAUUAUUAAAAUGUUUGAGAUAUAGUAAACUACAAACCUGCUUUGUCAAAUAAAUAAUCGCAUUCAUUUUAAACACAAAUAAAUUUUAUUCCAAAUA